CUUAUCGGCUGGAGUCGGGAUAUCGGAGUAAACCCGACAUUGCUCAUGAGAAAAAGCAGAUGCCGACGGCACCACAGCCAGGCUCCGAAUGUAUCACGCUCGUAAAGCCGCGCAGCCCAUUGGCUGCUUCAGACUUUCCCCAGGAAAUGUGCGACAGACUGUUGAAGGGCUUAAUCAUUAUCGGAAGCGCAAUACGGCAAGCGCAAAGCACAAGAACGUAACAAGCCGCAGAUCGUUAGGUCCGGCCCGCAGGGAUCAGCGACCAAUGAAACACUCUCACUUCACACGUUGGCUGGUUUCGUCGUCCGACUUGAAGCGCCGCUGGGGCUCACACGCUCGUCUCCCCGAUCAACCCUUUGGCGACGGGGACAUGGUUUUCAGUAGUAGCUGUGAGGCGAAUCUUACAUAUGCUUACGAGGACCCGGAGCAUUGCAGUCGUUAUGUCUCUGCAUCAUCUAGGACCUGUUUUCGUAGCAGUGCGGGCAACAGAAACAUUGUCUCCUUUUCGCGAGCGAUAUUUACGACCUUGGGUUCCCGCGUGAGCGUUUUACAAUUUGAACAAAUCCCGCAUCCGUGUUCCAGUGCCCCCCAGUCGAAACAAUCCAGAGGCACGCGACCCUGGCUCGGCAACAUUCCCCUCAUAUCCCAUAUCACAAUCGCAACCGCAACCGCGAACCUCACAUCGAACACUCAAGUGUAACGUAGACGAAAUGAACACAAUCUCGCUCCUGGUCAAUGGCCGAACUGCCGCAGAGAUUGCGAUGCUUCCGGAGAAGCAGCGAUCGAGCAUCACCACUCUGACCCGGCAGCCUACGAACACUCCUCAGACGCCGCCUCGGAGACCCGGUCACAAUCGCCGUCGGUCCAGUCGAGAUUCCCCAGGGUGGUACAACACCGAAGGGGGCAUGACGCUCGAUGACUUCGCCCAUCGGCUCAACACCACGACUAAGCGAAUCGAACGAUGGCAAGGCGCCUGUGCUCAAAAUGUGGUCAUGGCACUCAUGCGGCCCACUCCAAUCGUUCUCUUUCUCUUCAAUCCGGUCAGCUUGGUUCUUUGGAUGUUGUUUGCUGUUUGGUAUCUUUCCGGUCCCAUAUCAGGUCGAACUGGAUGA